AUGUCUAGCACGCUGCAGUCCCCUUCCCGCCUGGGGCUAAAGCUCCAAGAUUAUGACCAGGUCAUCGCUCUAUCUCAGGGCAACAUCAACGAGACCUUGGAGCUUCACUUCAUGCGCAACGAGAAACUUCAUGAGUUCAAAGCCAUGUUCCCAACUUACGGACUCAAGGGAACAUUGUCCUCUCCUUCAGUGCACUUGAUUGACAAGGAGAACGCUGAUCAGGCCAUCUUCUACCUUAAUUUCGAAAGCGGGACGUAUUACUAUUUCGAGCAGCCCAGCGAUACGCCCCAAUAUGAUGAAGAUGGCUUCCCUCUACCAGUUGGCCAACCAACACGUGUCAAGAUUGAUGUAUCUGACUGGUCCCUGGCUUUCUUUGUGGACUUUUCCUUCAAGAGAAUGGCUACCGUUCCUGAUAAGAUCAGAAACGCAAUUGAGCUUCCUGGGUCUUAUAGUGUGAAUCAGCUGCUGAUCGAUUUUGGAACUCCUGAGAUUCUCAACAUUGCAUGGGAUCACUGCAGUACCCCGGGUGUACCAGAAGCCCAAAAGGCUACGUGCCGGGCGGAAAUACGCAUGUUUCUCGGUACGUACUUAGAAUCAGUUCUUCUGAAAGAAAACGAUCACAACAUCCUCGGAUAUACUGUCAAGAUAGAUGCCCCACCAGAUGGAGAGACAGUAGAGAAACGCCUCAAGGGAGUGUUCGAGAAAGCUCCCCAUUUUCCUCCCACCUCAGUCAGGCUGCAGACUAUCAAUUAUCGGCCUGAUGGUAGAGAGGUCCAAGCUGGAGGUGAAAAGAGCCACCAUAACGCAUUUCUCUUUACAGAAAUGACGCAGUUCCGAAAGAUGCCCAACCAAGACCUUCAGUGGUCGGGCGAUUGGUUCUACGGCGGGAUCGGUGGUACCUUGGCGAUGUCGCGACAGAUCUUCCUUGACCAAUACCUAGCUGAAAAGCUCCAGCCCGCUAUCGCUGGUCCUUGGAAAAUGGCCAACCACAUUGGAAACACCUGCACCCAAUUCAGUGACGAAGUCCUCAAGCUCGACUUCGGCGGUGACAGGGAGUGGAUCUUGAAGAGGUCGCGAGACACGAGCUUGAAUGUGAGGAGAGGUGCCGGGGUUCAAUUGACGUACCAUGACGUGGACGAAAACUCUGCGCGAUGGGGGGAUGACAAAGAGGAAAGUGUCAAGCCAUUAGCUGCAAUGGAACAUUACUGGUAUAACAAGGCCGAGCUCUCAUGUGUCAUCGAGCCACAGGUUGGCACUGGUAAGAUCGUUAUCACAGCGGAUCUCAAAACAGAUACUCAACGGACAGUCAAAUCCAAGGUUGGAUCAUCAGAUUUUCAACUUGUGUGCAAGAUCCAAUGGAGCACCACCAUCGACCUAAGAGCGAUUGAGACGGACGCGAAAUUGUUAGUCGGCGUUGAAUCAAAGAAACCCAUCGUCAAUGUCGACAUUGUUAGAGAUACUGCCAAUGUUGACGGCACUGGAGAAGCAGCUGAGCAGUGGGAGAAAUGGAUUCAAGAGGCGGCAGCACAUAGGAAGAAGAGGCCUUUGAAAAAGAGCAUUGAAACUCACAUUGAGAUGUUUCAGAAUUGGUCAGGGAACCUUGCACAUAAUUUGGAGGAGGCGCUGAACCAGCAGGGUCGGUUUAUCUUUCCUGGUGGUGGAACUUUCGAUAUGAAAGAUCCAAUCUUUUCGAAGGAGGGAGAUUUACUGAUAGGUCUCACUUUUAGAGAGGGAGAAUAG